GACGAAGGCAGGGAAACGCACCGUUUUGAGGCUGCGCACCUCUUUGAUUGGAGUUUCUGCGAUCGAAAUCAACUGCGAACGAUUGAGUAAUCAUCGAAGAGGAAGAAGAUGAGCGAGGUGUUCGAAGGGUACGAGAGGCAAUACUGCGAGCUAUCAACUAAUCUCACACGAAAAUCCAAUUCAGCUUCCCUUCUCCCCCAUGGAGAUGAUAAGAAAGGGAAGCUUGGUGAGAUCAAAUCUGGAAUUGAUGAAGCUGAUGUCUUGAUCCGAAAAAUGGACCUUGAGGCGAGGAGUUUGCAGCCGAGUGCUAAGGCUACUUGUCUUGCUAAACUCAGAGAAUACAAGUCUGACCUUAACCAGUUGAAGAAGGAGUUCAAGAGAGUUUCUUCUCCUGAUGUUAACCAAUCUGCUCGUGAAGAGUUGAUGGAAUCUGGAAUGGCAGAUCCGCUCUCGGUUUCUGCUGAUCAAAGAGAGAGAUUGGCAAUGUCAGUGGAGAGGCUUGAUCAGUCUAGCGACAGAAUCAGAGAGAGUAGAAGAACCAUGAUGGAGACUGAAGAGCUUGGUGUCUCCAUUCUUCAGGAUCUUAGUCAGCAGCGCCAAACUCUCCUUCACUCCCACAGCAAGCUUCAUGGUGUGGAUGAGGCCAUUGAUAAGAGCAAGAAGGUCUUGACGGCUAUGUCGAGAAGAAUGACCAGGAACAAAUGGAUCGUUACUUCAGUCAUCAUUGCGCUCAUUCUCGCCAUUAUCCUCAUCAUUUCUUUCAAACUUUCUCAUUAAUAUACUCAGCAUUUUUUGUAUAAACAUUAUUCUACUUCCCUUUCUAAUGGGCUUGAAUCUCUUUGUCUCUCCCCCAGGUUUGGUUUCCACUUGUAUGACCCACCCAAAAAUGUGCUCUGACAUGUUUUUACAUCACCUAUCUUAUUAAAUCAGAAAAUAUUAAAUUGGAC